AUGUUUCAAGGCGGGGCUUCCUAUAAGGUUAUCCCAAAGUUUGUUGCAGCACCAUUCUCUACAUCAGCAUUGCUUUCACGCUUGUACCCUCGGAAGAAACAACCACCGGCUUUGGUCGAUAUCGAAAGACCUCCCGACCUUGGAAUGGAGCAACGGACAGCUGAAGGAGACAAUUGGCCUACUAUUGCAGAGAAUGGAUCGGGCUACGGUGAAACCCAGGGAGAUGCAAAUAACAAUCUUAGGGCAUCAUGGAGACCGUAUCGAGGUCGCUGGAAUGCCAAGACGGUAACUCGCAAUGACCCGGGAAGAGCAGCGUCCCAGGCCCCUGAGAAAGCUACGUCUGGCAACCCGCGGAGGAGUCAUAGGCUGCGCAAUCAGGUAUCGGCGGACAGAAGUAUGAGCUCAGACACACACGUGCAUCAAUAUCGUCAAGAAGGACCGUUUCCUGCUCGCCCAGCACCGUCUCCCUCGCAGUCAUAUUCUUCACAGAGCAAUACACACAUGGGAGGGAGCAACGACGGUUUUAGAAGUCGCCCAAAUUUCAAUAUGCCCAUUUUUCCUGGAGGUCCAAGUGGAAUGGCUGCCUUCAAUGAACAAGCACUUCAAUUUCCGUUCUUUUCUCCAAAUACUGCUAAUCAGCAGUCACAAUCUCAGCCUUCCGAUCAACCUGCGUUCAGAUCGCUUAACACUGCCUUGCCGAAUGACAUGAGUAAUCCCCUGAAUUUCUUCGCCCUCAUGCCUCCGCCUCCUUUCAUGAUGAACUUUGGUAUACAAAAUCCGGCGACGGCAGGACCCCUCUUAAGUGGCUUUCCGCCCUUACCGUUUGAUACAAUGGCCUUUACAGCAGCUGGUUCUGCUGGGGGCAACAUCUCAGAUGUGCUUAGUCAAGCACCUGUUGGAGCAUCGGCAACGAAGGACGUAGCUUCGCCGCCACCUAAGCCUCCAUCCCCCGUCAAAUUAUACAUCGAGCAGUCGUCCUUACCACCCAAAUUGGUCACUUCUCCCCAGCCACUGUUGGUCAUCCUGGACUUGAAUGGCACGCUGAUCUACCGCAAGCACCGGCGGUUCCCCCCUGUGUUUGCCAGAAGGGCAGGACUGGACGAAUUCUUGGAUAACCUGGUGAGAAAAUACAAGGUUAUGAUCUGGUCUAGUUCCCAGCCGAACACGGUGAAGGCGGUUUGCGACAGGCUCUUCCCGGGCAGUAAAAGAAAGGCUCUUGUAGCAGAAUGGGGUCGUGACAAGUUUGGCCUCACGUCAUCACAAUAUCGGGCCAAAGUUCAAGUUUACAAAACGUUAGAGACGGUAUGGAGCGAUAAGGCGGUUCAAGCGUCAUACCCAUCACCUUCUCAGAAUAAACGCCGCAAAGCCGCGCAGACUGGCACGCAGUUGAAAACCCGAUGGGACCAGUCCAACACCAUUCUGAUUGACGACAGUAAAGUCAAGGCUCUCAGUGAACCAUAUAACAUACUCGAGAUUCCGGAAUUUACCAACCAGCGGGGUCUUGAUGAAUCCACAAUAUUUCCAAAGGUUAUGCAACUCCUAGACGAACUAGCAAAACAUGACGAUGUCAGCAGAGUUCUCCAUCAGUGGAACUUGGAGUUACCCGAAAAUCAUGGCAUUCUUGAGCUUGACCUCGGCCUCAGUUCCAACGAGGACGACCAGAAUCACAACAAUACUGCCACCGGCGACGCCCACUCUCCACCUUCCCAACAAGACAUUCCAACCGAGCCGACAGCUGUGGCGCAAGCCCGCAAAGAAAGACGCAAAAGGCGCAAGGAGCAACGCAAGGCCCGCAAACAGGAGCAGAAGCUAGAGUCAAAAGCGGAAACGAAGACUCGCAAGAUAGCACAAAAGGCCUCCCCGAGAGGUCAAGAAGACAAAGCUGCUGCUCCUGCCACUACCCCAGCGGCGACAAGUACCGGUAUCUCCUCCGCUGAAUCUACAAAAGCCGCCGUGCAACCGACCCUUGAACGGUCACCAUCACCUGCGACUUCGUCUGCCGAAUCCGAAAAUUUUCUCCUAGAUCGAUUAGAGGAUUCUCUGAAUGUUAGAACUGACUAA